CAGGGACGGAGAACUCGAAUGUUAGGUGUGGUUAAAGAAAAUAUAACGUACAGUGUUCGCCGGUACACCUGACGUGCGGGCGUGCGGUCGAAAGCGCGUGGACACGAUCAGUUUUUUUUUUUAAUUUCGAACGCAUCGAAUUCCGGAACGAAACCAUAGCCGAAACGACGGCGUGUGUCGUGUGUGAUGUAAGCUCAUUGUCUAUAGACGCGGUGCUCGUGACAACAUGAUGACUAUGGACGUCGGGAUGUACAACAACCAGCAGAACGGUUACGGCAGCGCGGAGUACUACCAGCAGGGAGCGGCGUACCAGGCUCCUUACGAAGGUUACCACGAGGGAUACUACGAGCCACCAUCACAUUACUACGAACCGCUGUUGCAUACACAGCCGCCGCAUGAACACCCCACGACGCCUGUGAUCAGUACAGAUACGGGACUGUGUUACACCAAUUUGGACUACGGAGAACUGCAGCCGAACUAUCAGCUGCAUUCUUUACCUUCACACUCGGAGGCUUUCAAACAUAGAGAAGAUGUGCCAAGACAUGAUGAGAUGCAUUCCCACGACCAUAAAUUGGACAAUCACUAUCUAGAAACGAAGUAUAACAUGCAUUUUGUGGAUGAAGCUACGAUACAGUACAACCAUGGAGGUUCACCUUUGACCUGUGAAGGAUUCGACCAGUAUCAGCCUAAAGAGGAGUUCGGAGUGAGGGAAGGGUUCGGGCGGGAGGAGUGUUUGGGCCCUCACCAUCUGCAGGCGCACGCGUCCCACUCUGCCGUGCCUACUUACAAGUGGAUGCAGGUCAAAAGGAAUGUACCAAAGCCAACGGCACCAAAACUGAUGAUACCACCUGCGGAAUUCGUCAACCAAGGUGUCCUGGGUAGUCCUCAGGAGGGUCUACGAACACCCACCGGCAGCCAAAUGCUGUCCAACCCUCUACUCAACCUCAACAACACAGGCCGCACAAACUUCACCAACAAACAACUCACCGAACUCGAAAAAGAAUUCCAUUUCAAUAAAUACCUCACCAGAGCGAGAAGGAUAGAAAUAGCCUCCGCCCUACAACUGAACGAGACGCAAGUUAAAAUUUGGUUUCAGAAUAGGCGAAUGAAACAAAAGAAGAGAAUCAAGGAGGGCCUAAUCGCCGCCCCUGACGUCACCUCCCCUACUCCACAGCCUAACGGCUCCAAUGAAAAUAGUCGAGAGUCUAGUUAAGCCAUAGACAAUUUCUAAUAGUGAUUGCGUGAAGUUACGACACUAGUGCUUGAAGUGAACAGUACAAACUGUAAAAUAAGUGUCCGGGCUAUAUUUUAUGUAAAAAAAAAAGUUGUCGAAGUUAAUUAAAUUGUGCUUUGGAUGCUUUUCUUUUUAACAACUUUAUACAGGGUUACAUUAUGUUUUAAAACUGUAAAAAGAGUUAAACAAAAAUUUGUUGCUACAACUUUUCUGAUAAUUUACUAGAUAUUACUUAUUUUAAGUAUUUCUUUAGAAUUUUCAAAUUAUUUGCUGAUCAGAAUUUGUAACAGAACAAAUCCUUGCCAAAGUCUUUAAAAAAGAUUAUAAUUUAAACAGAAAAGCAUCUAAUGCACUAUGUAUAAGCCUAGUUUAGGACAAUAAGCUUUAUUACGCCAUUUGCCUAAAAGCAUUCUGACCACUUCAUUAUUAUAUAUAACAAUUUUUAGGUUACAGAGAGAUGAGUCAUUCCUAAUUUCUCUCUGAAACUCUAAGACAAAAUUAAUACUUUGUUAUUUAGUCAUGGUAAAUUUUAAUUUAAUAAACUUAAUUAAAACUGAUGUUGUGGCAUAAUACAUGGCAGAUUAGAUAAAUGUACCAUUUAAUUUCUCGGGCCAAUACGUUAUUUGUAUAUUAUUAGCUAUUUUGAAAGAUAGCGACGUGUUUUCCUAUCUUUUUUAAAGAUCUUAUGUUUUCAAUUGUUUUUGUAAUAGUUUAUCAAGUUAAUAUCUUUUAUCUGAACAUUGAAAUAUCGACCUUUAGACAAACGAAAUUAGGUUAGAUUCUACUGUUACUAAAAGAUAUCUUACCUAAGUUAUCUAUAAAUUAAAAGAUAAAUGUUAUCAGUUCCAAUUUUUAUAAACAACCUGUGAGAUUCUAGGUAUGAUAACAUAGGUCCUUAUACACAAUAUAUUUUUAUGAAAUAUAUAUUUUUUGUUAUGGUGCUGCUCUCAGAUUUGGCUGCAUACUAUUAUGUUAUUAACGAAAAAUAUUUUUUUUGAAAUAGUCGUUCGCCGUCUGUCUUGUCAUUGUCAAUAAAAUAUUAUUUUUAAUACGACCAAAUAAGCCCUUAAAUCACCGUCGAGAGUUUAGCUAUCCAGAUCUAUCUGCAGGACCAAUAACACAGCUUAAGCCCAUAAUUUACGGGUUCUUGUUAUGAUGCGACCCACCAUUUCCUUUUUGGCAACAUUUCAAGUUAAACAAGGCCAAAGGAAACAAUUACCUAGCAAACGGGGAUAAAAUUGUUUACCUUUAAACCUGUGGUAGCAAUCUAGGACAAAUUUUUCGAUAUUAUUCGCUAAGUGUUUAUUACGAUACCCAGUGGACAUGUUAAAUACUACAUGGCUUGCCAAAGUUGGCAACAGCGCAACUUCUAGAUUUCUAUGAAAGUCAGUUCACUAAUAACCCUUUCUUUGUAGAGACUGAAACAUUAAGGGAACUAGCCAAUAAUCGUAAAUAAAAAUGAAGAUACCGUUACAAGUAUUGACGAGACAGUUUAUGUGUAUCUGUGACGAGACAAAGAAUAGUAGCUUUUACUGCCCCACGCAAACUCAUAGGUGAUGCAUCAAAUCAAGUUCGUUUAUGCAGUAUAGGCUUAUAUAUAACACUUGUGAACGUCGAAUACUACGUCAUCGGUUUGCAAAAUUACUACGGGAGACUUAGAAGAACCGGCAUCUCAGCAAAGGCUCCUUUUUUCUCCAUGUUUUCAUUUCACACAAAGAAGUUUUUAAUGGAAAGUGACUUCAGGGAUUCUGGACAGGUUGUAACCACGUCGACCUGCUACUUCUGUGGCCAUGGUGGUAACCCACCAUGCAACCCAAAAAGGGAACUUCAGUGUAGAUUUGUACUACGUACGACUACUGGCGCCAUCUUUUGACGGUCGUGAUGUUCGAAAUUCAUACGCCACAUACAUAAAUAAAAAUAUAAUUAGCUGUAAAUAUUAGUGCAGAAAUUAGAGUACCACUUGCUAACUAGUAUAGUAUUAUACUACUUAUCAUACCAGUGUGCUAAUACAGUGUUUUCGCGAUAUAUAAUUAAGAAUUUUGAUUUGUAUUUUUUUUAUUUUAUAUAAAAAUUCUUUUAUUUUUUUAGACCAAAGCUCAUUUUUUCUAAUUUAUUUUAAAGGUACUAUAAUGUAAUUAACUGUGUACAGAUAAUUUAAAUCUAAAUCACUCUAUAUGUAUAUACAUGCGUGUUAAGUUGGUUUGUGUGUACAUUCCUUAUCAUUAAGUUAGUACCUACUAUUUUAUCAAUAAAUUAAUUAACCUAUUUUCAG